AUGCCUGGCUCCCCCGCUUCUUCCUGGGUCGUCUAUCGUGCGCGCUUGAAGGCUGUCUUCCACGGCGCUGAUCCACGCGUAUGCGCCGCCUUUUGGUUGUUCGGCCUCAUUAACAAUGUCCUCUACGUAAUCAUCCUCUCCGCUGCUCUCGACCUCGUUGGUCCAAAUGUCCCCAAAGGCGCCGUACUUCUAGCCGAUGUUAUCCCUUCGUUCCUGACAAAACUAUGCGCCCCAUACUUCAUACACAAGAUCCCAUACACUGUUCGCAUCCUCAUAUUCGUCGCUCUCUCGGCAUGCGGCAUGCUCAUCAUCGCCCUCACCCCUCCGCUGCAGGACUCGGGCACCAUUGCCAUCAAGAUGUGUGGAGUGAUGCUUGCCAGUCUGAGCAGUGGAGGUGGUGAAUUGAGCUUCCUUGGCCUGACACAUUACUAUGGUCACUUUGCUCUGGCUUCUUGGGGCUCAGGUACUGGCGGCGCAGGUCUAAUCGGUGCUGGAGCGUAUGCCAUCGCGACCAACACGCUGGGCAUCACCCCUCGCACAAGUCUACUUGUCUUUUCCUUCCUGCCGCUAAUCAUGGUCUUGAGUUUCUUCGUCAUACUCCCACUUGGGCCGCUGCGUGCUGGCGCUCCGAAACAAGGUGGUUACGAAGCCAUCGAUAACCAAGGGGACGACGAGGAAGACGAGGUUGCCCAGGCGCAUGAACAAGACGAUCUACUGUCUUCCUCCAUGCAUUCAGCUUCAGGGCGCAGCUUCACUUCUGUCAAUAACAAGGGUGCUAACAGUGCACCGAGUAGCUUCCGGGCGAACCUCAACCGGGCGCGAGGAUUGUUCUUCCCGUACAUGUUGCCCCUACUCCUCGUCUACAUUGCUGAGUACACCAUUAACCAAGGCGUUGCACCCACUCUGCUAUUUCCCCUCGAAUCCUCCCCCUUCGACGAAUACCGUUCUUUCUACAGCACGUACAACGCCAUCUACCAGGUCGGUGUUUUCAUCUCGCGCUCCUCCACACCCUUCAUACGCAUACACCACCUAUACGUCCCAUCGUUUCUUCAAGUCGCCAAUCUCAUCAUCCUCGCCCUGCACGCCAUGUUCAAUUUCAUCCCGAGCUACUACAUCGUGUGCGUUAUCAUAUUCUGGGAAGGCCUGUUAGGCGGGUUGGUCUAUGUCAGUACCUUUGCUGAGAUCACGGAUAACGUUCCGAAAGAGGAUAGGGAAUUUAGUCUGGGUGCGACCAGUGUGAGUGAUUCUGGAGGUAUAUGCAUCGCUGGGUUCUUAGGCAUGGCCGUUGAGUCUGCACCUGACGCAACAGAACUCGACACAAAUAACUCGACACUACACUCUGACACUCAGCAACAACAGGAAAUGAAGGCCGGUUUGCCACAAUACCAUAUCAACGGUGUGGAAUUGAGAUGGAGUCCAGCCUGCAAUAUCAUCCCCCAAUAUCCCAUACGAAUUACGGGACUAAAGGACACGAAAGAGAGCACUGUGGUUGUGAAGGAUCAGGUUGGGCUGGACCAGUUGGUCAUGCAUGUGAAAUGGAGGCGGUGUGGGAACCACCUGGAGAAAGACGGUCUUGAACCAGUCGACAUCUUCGAUGGUCUGGGUUGUGAGGGAAAACAACGGGGUGUCAUAUUUGAGGAGUACGUGGGUUGUAAAACAGAUGGGGAUUGUGAGGACGAGGACGAUGAUGAGGAAGUAGAUGUAGUUGCGCCCAUCUUUGUCCAGGUAGACGUACUCAGUGCCACUGAUGCCGCUUUCUACGAAGAUGACGAAGACGCCGCGACGGAAUUUGACGAAGAGAUUGGCGUCCGACCUUGUGUUGGAAGGCAAUAUGUUUGGCAAGUUUGA